GCUCUAAGCAACAAUGUUGCUUAGAUAUCAAAUAACAAAGGUUUUAGAAACGGCGGCGUAUUGUUUGUUAAAUGAAUAACAUCGACGGGGCUGUUAAUCGGACACGUCACUGAAAGGAUAAAACGGAGCAAAUCAAAGUUUGAUUCUUUGCAACAAAAGGAUAAAACUAAGAGUGGGACGAAGUUCUUGAGCUUCCUCGAUCACUUAUCACUUCACUACUUAUGGAGGCUCUGCGAUUUUCGAGCCGUUUCUCGGUGAACAAUAGAGUUCCUUAUACUCAGACUAGCACGGGGAGUCUGACAAGCAGAGCUACGUUUCGUUCAGCAUUCACCGGAAUCACCAAUUCAGCUUCUCUCUCUUCUAAGAACACCUCCACGAGGGAGAUAUGGAGUUGGGUGAAAUCGAAGACAGUGGGACAUGGAAGAAGUUACAGAAGGAGCCAAGUGAGGGCGGAGAUGUUUGGUCAGUUGACUAGUGGGCUCGAGGCUGCUUGGACCAAACUCAAAGGAGAAGAGGUCUUGACAAAGGAGAAUAUAGCUGAGCCAAUGAGGGAUAUCAGAAGAGCUCUACUUGAAGCAGAUGUGAGCCUCCCAGUUGUUAGAAGGUUUGUUCAGUCUGUUAGUGACCAAGCCGUUGGAAUGGGUGUCAUCCGAGGAGUCAAACCAGACCAGCAGUUGGUCAAGAUUGUACAUGAUGAGCUAGUGAAACUGAUGGGUGGAGAAGUAUCUGAGCUACAGUUUUCUAAGUCUGGUCCUACUGUAAUUUUGUUGGCUGGACUCCAAGGAGUUGGGAAGACAACCGUUUGUGCUAAACUCGCUUGUUACCUAAAGAAGCAGGGAAAAACUUGCAUGCUUAUUGCUGGAGAUGUGUACCGACCUGCUGCCAUCGAUCAACUUGUCAUUUUAGGUGAACAGGUUAGUGUGCCGGUUUAUACAGCAGGGACUGAAGUAAGACCUGCAGAUAUAGCUAAGGAGGGACUAAAAGAAGCUAAAAAGAACAAUGUGGAUAUUGUUAUUAUGGAUACUGCAGGGAGACUUCAGAUAGAUAAAGGGAUGAUGGAUGAAUUAAAAGACGUGAAGAAAGUUUUGAAUCCCACAGAAGUGUUGCUAGUUGUUGAUGCCAUGACUGGACAAGAAGCUGCAGCAUUGGUGACGACGUUCAAUGUAGAGAUAGGAAUCACAGGAGCCAUUUUGACGAAGCUAGACGGUGAUUCAAGAGGUGGUGCUGCUUUGAGUGUCAAGGAGGUAUCUGGAAAGCCGAUAAAACUGGUAGGACGUGGAGAGAGAAUGGAGGAUCUUGAACCCUUCUAUCCCAAUAGAAUGGCUGGUCGAGUUCUUGGAAUGGGAGAUGUGCUCUCGUUUGUAGAGAAGGCACAAGAAGUUAUGCGUGAAGAAGAUGCGGAAGAUCUACAGAAGAAGAUAAUGAGUGCAAAGUUCGACUUCAACGACUUCCUAAAGCAGACGCGUGCUGUUGCGAAGAUGGGUUCGAUGACACGAGUUCUUGGAAUGAUUCCGGGAAUGGGGAAAGUGAGUCCAGCGCAGAUACGAGAAGCUGAGAAGAGUCUUGUCAUCAUGGAAGCAAUGAUCGAAGCCAUGACACCUGAGGAAAGGGAGAAGCCAGAGUUACUAGCUGAAUCCCCAGAGAGAAGGAAAAGAGUUGCUAAAGAGUCGGGAAAGACAGAACAACAGGUGAGCCAACUUGUAGCACAAAUAUUCCAAAUGAGAGUGAAGAUGAAGAACUUGAUGGGAGCAAUGGAAGGAGGAUCCAUUCCUGCAUUGAGCUCGCUCGAGGACGCACUGAAAGCACAACAAAAGGCUCCACCUGGAACCGCGAGGAGGAGGAAGAGAAAGGUGGACUCAAGAAAGAAGUUUGUAGAGUCUGCAUCAAGCAAUCCUGGUCCUCGUGGCUUUGGCAACUAAAACAAAGCUGUUUCAGUCUUUUGAGAACACUUAGUACAAACUCUAAAAUGAUUUUGUAAUAUUGAAACUUAAAUUAAUUUCAAAUAUCUAAUGCAUAAAAAUAUAAUUCAAACCAA